UGUUAUGCCGUGGGCGUCCAGUGGUUGUCGGACCCUGGACAGGGAUCCUUCUCGUGUAUGUUGAGUGUCGUGCCGGCUCAUACGCUCAGCUUCAAUUUACCAUUUUCAAGUUCGAAUAUCCAUUCCGACCCGAAAGCGGAGAACAGGAUGAACGGCUUGGACCAGUACGGCGACGGCUACAUGGAGCCGGAGGAAGAAUGGGAGCGCGAGGGCCUCCUCGACCCUGCUUGGGAAAAACAGCAGAAAAAGACGUUCACAGCCUGGUGCAACUCGCAUCUUCGCAAGGCGGGCACGUCCAUCGAGAACAUCGAAGAGGACUUCAGGAACGGUCUUAAACUCAUGCUUCUCCUCGAGGUGAUUUCGGGUGAAACCCUCCCCAAGCCCGACAGGGGGAAAAUGCGCGUCCACAAUAUCGCGAACGUCAACAAGGCGUUGAACUUCAUCGCCAGCAAAGGAGUUAAGCUCGUCUCCAUCGGUGCCGAAGAAAUUGUCGACGGUAACUUGAAAAUGACCCUCGGCAUGAUCUGGACCAUCAUCCUCCGUUUCGCCAUCCAGGACAUAUCCGUGGAGGAGAUGACGGCCAAGGAAGGCUUGCUGCUCUGGUGCCAGAGGAAGACAGCACCUUACAAGAACGUCAACGUUCAGAACUUCCAUCUAAGCUUCAAAGACGGUCUCGCUUUCUGCGCUCUCAUCCAUCGCCACAGGCCGGACCUCAUCGACUACAACAAGCUGUCGAAGGACAACCCUCUGCAGAACCUGAACACGGCUUUCGAUGUGGCCGAGAAGUACCUUGACAUCCCCCGCAUGUUGGAUCCGGAAGACUUGAUCAACACGCCAAAGCCAGAUGAACGCGCCAUUAUGACCUAUGUGUCUUGCUAUUACCACGCUUUCCAGGGUGCCCAGCAGGUAGAAAAGCACAUGACAAAUACUGCGAUGCCUGACGAACGUGCUAUUAUGACAUACGUCUCGUCAUACUAUCACUGCUUCUCUGGAGCGCAAAAGGCUGAAACUGCUGCUAAUAGAAUCUGUAAGGUUCUCAAAGUGAACCAGGAGAAUGAACGUCUUAUGGAGGAAUACGAACGCCUCGCCAGUGAUCUCUUGGAGUGGAUCAGGCGUACCAUGCCGUGGUUGGAGAGCCGUGUCACUGAUAACUCCCUUGCCGGGGUUCAGAAGAAACUUGAAGAAUACAGGACUUACAGGCGCAAAUUGAAGCCUCCACGUGUCGAGCAGAAGGCCAAGCUCGAGACCAAUUUCAACACACUCCAGACCAAAUUGCGUCUGUCCAACAGACCUGCUUACAUGCCAACUGAAGGAAAGAUGGUUUCGGAUAUUGCAAAUGCAUGGAAAGGACUUGAAACAGCUGAAAAGUCAUUUGAAGAAUGGCUCCUUUCUGAAAUGAUGAGAUUAGAAAGGUUGGAACAUCUAGCCCAGAAAUUCAAGCAUAAAGCUGAUAUACAUGAAGAAUGGACCAGAGGCAAGGAGGAAAUGUUACAAAGCUCUGACUUUAGGCAGUGUCGUCUUAAUGAAGUCAAGGCACUGAAGAAGAAACAUGAAGCCUUCGAGAGCGACCUUGCCGCUCACCAAGACCGUGUCGAGCAGAUCGCUGCUAUCGCAGGAGAACUCAAUGCUUUGAGGUAUCACGAUUGUGAUACUGUUAAUGCUCGCUGCAAACGCAUCUGUGACCAGUGGGACAGGCUUGGCAAUCUCACCGGACACCGCAGACAGAACCUCGAUGAUGCUGAAAAGAUCCUAGAGAAGAUCGAUGUUCUCCAUCUUGAGUUUGCCAAGAGGGCUGCUCCAUUCAACAACUGGUUGGACGGAACCAGGGAAGAUCUUGUAGACAUGUUCAUCGUCCACACAAUGGACGAGAUCCAAGGCUUGUUGGAAGCUCACUCUCAAUUCAAAGCCACCCUUGGAGAAGCUGAUAAAGAAUACACAAGCAUUGUAUCUCUAGUCAAGGAAGUCGAAUCAACCGUUCACAAGUAUCAGAUCCCUGGAGGCCUCGAAAAUCCAUACACUACUCUUACUGCCAGUGAUUUGACUUUGAAAUGGAAUGACGUUAGACAACUUGUUCCUCAAAGGGACUCAACUCUACAAGCUGAACUAAGGAAACAACAGAACAAUGAGACAUUGCGAAGACAAUUUGCUGAAAAGGCCAAUCAAGUUGGACCGUGGAUCGAACGUCAAAUGGAUGCUGUUACUGCUAUUGGAAUGGGUCUUCAGGGAUCCUUGGAAGAUCAACUUCACAGACUCAAAGAGUAUGAACAAGGUGUCUAUGCUUACAAACCACACAUUGAAGAUCUUGAAAAGAUCCACCAGGCUGUACAAGAAGGCAUGAUCUUUGAAAACAGGUACACGCAAUACACUAUGGAGACCUUGCGAGUCGGUUGGGAACAGCUGCUCACUUCUAUCAACAGGAACAUCAACGAGGUCGAGAACCAGAUUUUGACCAGAGAUUCUAAGGGUAUUACACAGGAACAGUUGAACGAAUUUAGAGCUUCUUUCAACCACUUCGACAAGAACAGAACAGGCAGACUCGCACCUGAGGAAUUCAAAUCUUGCCUCGUCUCACUAGGCUACAGCAUUGGAAAGGAUAGACAAGGAGAAAUAGAUUUCCAUAGAAUACUUGCAGUGGUUGAUCCCAACAAUACCGGUUAUGUCCAUUUUGAUGCCUUCCUUGAUUUCAUGACAAGGGAAUCGACCGAUACUGACACAGCCGAGCAAGUCAUCGACUCUUUCCGUAUUCUCGCUGCAGACAAGCCGUACAUCCUUCCUGAUGAGCUAAGGAGGGAGCUUCCUCCAGAUCAGGCCGAGUACUGCAUCAAGAGGAUGCCUCCGUUCAAGGGACCCAACGCCGUGCCCGGAGCCCUUGACUAUAUGUCAUUCUCAACAGCGCUUUAUGGAGAAUCAGACCUCUAGAGCCCACUAGUCAAAUCCCUCUUAACUAUCUCUCCUUUGACCCUUCACUCUCUUUAUAUUUCUCCCUGAUGUCAUUAACCCAUAAAAUGUACAUAACACAGUUGUAUAUACCUGCGGGCUCACAUCAAUUAUUUUAUUUUUAUUUUUAUUUUUUGUUUCUGAAAAAAAAAGAUAAAAA